AUGACGGUGAAGAAGGCGACCCGCUCGGGCGGAUACGCCGCAAUCGUCUCGAGGCAGAAACUGCAUAGCUCAAACCAGCAAAUUGACAUGACGGCCGUCAGUAAGUCAGCCCCGCUUCAAACAUACAACAUCACCGUUUGCUUCAACGAAAAGGACCAACUGCAGUUGCUCACGAAGGAGGAAACAAAAGACGACGACAAACAAAAACAGAUCAAGGAGUACAACGAUUUCGCAACGAGCAGAUACGAGAACAUCGCAAUAGACGACAUAGCGAACUGCGUCAACAUAGAGAACUAUCCCAACUGCGACAGGACUCUAGUCUUCUACGUGAAUAGGAACAUUAACGCGGAGGCCAUCGCGAUCAGGUUCGAGAACGAGCAGGACUUCAAGAGGAUAUACUUCACCUACAAAUACUUCAAGAUGCGCAACAGGCUGACGAAGAACACGGGCUACACUAGCAGCGAAAAUCUGUUCUCGAAAAAGCGCACCGCAGACCUGUUCAAGGGCAGGAAGAACAGCAUCGAGGAUUACGGUUACGACAAAGCGCGGUCUGGCUUCGACGUGCUGAAGACGACCGACAGCGAUGGCCUGACCCACAUGUCGGUGCAACAGAAGGGCUCCAAUCGGUUCGAGCAGCCGCUCAGCCUGAUCGGUUUCAGAAACGAGAGCACAGACACUGGCGAGAUCGACAGCAUAAUUUACACCGACGUCGACAUCCCGACAAAGCCGGAGAGGAAGAGGUUUUUCCACAAGAAGGCCAAGGCGCCCUCGCCGCCACUCCUGCCGAGCAAAGACGCCCCUAAAGUGCUCAGGGGUGAAUUGUGUCAGGGUGAAUGUGGAGAGAGCGCCGGACGUUAUACCGAAAGACAA